CCUUGUUUCCGUCCCUUGGGAACUCCAUACAUGUUUGCCUCACUGUUUUCUUUCCGUGCCUUGGGGGUAGUUUCUAGUAUCACCAGGAUUUGUAUUAGAGCCUAGUGCCGCUCAUACGGGCAAUGCUGCCACGGCUGCAUGUUUAGCAAGAUUCCCUGGGUUUGAAAUAGGCGUGUCCUGAUGUGACCGUUACUUCAGGCAGAUUAACAUUGCGAAGACGUUGUGAUAGCGCCUCGGUUACAACUCUUUCUAAAGCGCGUGCUAAGGCAUCGAGCGUUCAUGAUACUUGUUUUUCGCGCUUAGAAUCUGUUUCCAUGCUUAACGAGCCUGCCGAUUCCGUUCCAGCUGCUGCGAUGAGUCCAGUCUACGCCAAUGGCUCGAAGCUGUUCAACGAUCCCAUUCACGGCCAUAUCACGGUUGACAAGACGUGCCUCAGCUUCAUAGACACGUGCGAGUUUCAGCGACUCAGGCACAUCCGCCAGCUAGGCGUGUGCAACUACGUGUACCCGUCAGCCAAUCACACGAGACUGGAGCACUCCAUCGGGACAUCGCACCUGGCCAAUCAGGUGGUGGAAUCGCUGAGGCGGCAUCAGCCGGAGCUGAGAAUCAACGAUGAUGACGUCAUGGCGGUUACUCUGGCUGGGCUGUGCCAUGACAUGGGGCAUGGAUGCUUCAGCCACAUGCUCGAUAGAGCCAUCUUCUCCCGCUUCUGCCCUGGAUCCGACUGGAGUCACGAGCGGCGGUCAGUGGAGCUGGUGGACAGAGUAAUCGACAACAACAGCAUAGACAUCGAACCUGACACCAUUGCCACCAUCAAGAGCCUCAUUCUACCUGACAAGUCCAAGAGGCGACGGGAUUACAAGGAGAAGGAGUUUCUGUGGGACAUUGUGGCCAACGCACGCACGGGGAUAGACGUGGACAAGUUCGACUACUUGGCUCGCGACAGCUACUUCUGCAACGUCAAGUCGUGCUUCGACCACAAGAGAAUAAUUCAGAUGCUGCGGGUGAUAGACGAUGAGAUCUGCUUCAAAUAUAGAGAGUUGGAGACUGUGAAUGAUAUGUUUGCGCUGAGGGCCAAGAUGUACCGCAACGUGUACACACACAAGACAGUCAAGGCGGUCGAAGCCAUGAUUCUAGAGGCGCUCGCUCAGGCCAACCACGUGUACCGAUUCGGGGAGAUAGCGCAGAGCCAAGAUCUCGACAGAUUCUGCCAGCUGGACGACACGAUCCUGAGGGAGAUCCUGCGGUCCCGCGACCCCAGCCUGGCCAAGUCGCAGGAGAUUUUAAGGCAGCUCGAGCGGCGGCAGCUGUACCAGUACAUGAACGAGUUCGUGGUGCCCGUGGACGCGCUGCACCAUUUCAAGAAGCUCACAGUGGACGAGCUGCUGAGGCAUGGCGAGGGGUCAUACCUCAGGGAGCAUGGUGAUCAAGUGAUAGUGGACAACAUUAAGAUCGACUAUGGGCAAGACACAGACAACCCCCUCGACAAGUGAGUGCCGCUAGAAUUACCCAGGAGCACAGGGAGCAGAUUGAUCCUCAGAAGAAACUAUCCAAGUUCAAAAUCCCAUGUCAUCGCAUGAGCACAAUGAUGCCGCAGAAUUACAAGGACAUGACUGUUCGGGUGUACAUCCGCACAAGAGAUCAACGCCUUGAGGAUGAAGUGAAGGAGGCGUUCGUCAACUACCAGAUGAAGACAUUUGGCCGCGAAGUCAUGCGCACACCAAGCCGUAAGCGCAUGCGCAGGAACCCGGAAAACGGAAACGGGAUACCCAAUGGGGGUGGAACUGUAACGGAGGAGUUUACAGGUGAUGAUGACGACGUGGUCUGCUCACAAACGGCAAGGAAGCUGAUGUAAUGUGACCUGGUGGUGGAGCAAUGUAUCCCCCGAUGGCGCCUGCUUGUCAGGCUAGGAUUUCAUGUUCCCUCAUAGCUGUUCAUCCACCUCUUGUGGUUUACAAAAGAUGUUCGAUUACAGGAGGGGGCAGUCACCAACCUGAGUCAUCAGUGAGUUCUCACCUAUUAUCAUACAAUGGCUUAGUUCGCUUCAACGCCAGCUAUAUGCAGUACAUCUGCCAACAUAUUGCCACGUUUCCAACAGCGCUGAGAAAUCGCACUGAUAGGCCUGGCAAAGGCCGUGCAUUAUGGAUCUCCAGC